GUGGAAAACGACAGAGAGAGCCAGCUAGUAGUAGCAACACACGCUCGCUGGCAAUGAGAUUGGGAACAAAAUUGAAUUGAAUCCCUAAAAUUCAUUCAAUCAAUCAAACCAUUCGAAUCGAAUCACUAUCGUUGAGUCACUGUGGUGGUGGUGGUUCUGCAACUGCAUGAUCAUCCUACAAUGGGGAAAAAUCAAGCCUACAAAGCUAUGCAACGAGCCAGGCUCGGCGGCGCCUCCGCCGGCCCCGACGAGGUUGAAGACGGCAUGGUGGAUGGUUCAUUUCAUUCACCAGAGUGGCAUGCAGCUCGUUUGGCUAGCCUUAAAACAUCUCACACAGUUACAUGGGAAGAGUUCAAACAGAAACAAAAGGAAGAAGAGAUGAGAAAAGGAGAGUUGGAAGCAGAUGCAGAUAGAAUGAUGAGGGAGUACAGAGCUCAACUAGAUGCUGAAAGGUCUCGCAAACUUUCACAGGGAAGAAAUCACUCUGGUAGUAAGUCCAAACACGCAAAAGAUAAGAAGGACAGAAUUUCAAAGAAGCACAGCAGCAAAAAAAGAAAGCAUUCAAGAAGAUCGUCUGCAUCUAGCUCGUCUUCGUCAUCCUCUGAUUCUAGUAGUGAUGAAGAAGAGAGAGUGUCAAGAAGAUCAAAGUCCAGGUCUAAGAGAUCAAAGAAGGAGAAGAAGCACAAGUCAAGGAGCAAGGAUUCUGGAACCGAUAGUGAAGAUGGUGGUGGUCCAGUUCGCCUUUCAAGAUUCUUUGGGAACACGAAGAGCCAAUAGUGGUUGAAUAAUUGGUUUUGUAUCAUAAAAUUGUUUUAAUCUAUAAUAGUCAAUUUAUGAAUCAGCUUUUCUUUUAUCAUCAACUCAUUCCUUCUUUACAGAUUUGUAAUUUUGUAUGCCAUAUUAUGUGUUCUCUUCAAAAGAGAUUAUCUUUUCUUGGGUUAAUCUGUGAGACGGAGGACCAUUCUGAGUUUUAACGAUAUAAAAAAUCAACAAUAGUUUGAUAA